UGGGGGCUUGUGGGAGAAGAUGGCGGCCGCCCUGCACCUCAGGGUUGUCCGGGCUUGGCCAAUGUCACGUUCUGCUGUCACUGCACUGGCUACCUCCGUAUGUCACGGCCCAGCCCGUCGCCUUCUUCACCACGCCCUCAUACCUCAUGGCCAAGGCGGGCGGUCCUCGGUCAGCGGGCUUGUGGCCACCGUGUUUGGGGCCACAGGGUUCUUGGGCCGAUACGUCGUCAACCACCUGGGACGUAUGGGAUCCCAGGUGAUCGUACCCUACCGGUGUGACAUGUACGACAUCAUGCACCUUCGUCCCAUGGGGGACCUGGGCCAGAUUAUCUUCCUGGAAUGGAACGGCAGGGACAAAGACUCGAUCCGGAGGGCGGUGCAGCACAGCAACGUGGUCAUCAACCUUGUCGGACGGGAGUGGGAAACCAGAAACUUUGAUUUUGAGGAUGUUUUCGUGAAGAUUCCCCAAGCAAUUGCUCAAGUGUCCAGGGAAGCUGGGGUUGAAAGAUUCAUCCAUGUUUCACAUCUGAAUGCUGAUAUCAAAAGUCCUUCCAGAUACCUGAGAAAUAAGGCUGUUGGAGAGAAAGCAGUGAGAGAUGUAUUUCCAGAAGCCACUAUCAUAAAGCCAUCGGACAUCUUCGGAAGGGAGGACAGAUUCCUCAACCAUUUUGCUAAUAUCCGCUGGUUUGGCGGUGUGCCUCUCAUCUCCUUGGGCAAGAAGACAGUGAAGCAGCCAGUGUAUGUUGUAGACGUGUCCAAAGGAAUUGUGAAUGCAAUUAAGGAUGCAGAUGCCAAAGGAAAAACCUUUGUCUUCAGUGGGCCAAGUCGGUACCUGCUCUUUGACCUGGUGCAGUACAUCUAUGCUGUGGCUCACAGGCCCUUCCUCCCAUACCCCAUGCCGCACUUUGCCUACCGGAUGAUAGCAAGACUCUUUGAAAUCACUCCAUUUGAGCCCUGGACCACGCGGGACAAAGUGGAGCGGAAUUACAUCACAGACAAGGUGUUGCCACAUCUGCCCGGCUUGGAAGACCUCGGCAUCCAGGCGACACCGCUGGAGCUCAAGGCCAUUGAGGUGCUGCGGCGUCAUCGCACUUACCGCUGGCUGUCUUCCGAAAUUGAGGAUGCAAAGCCGUCCAAGAUCGUCACUGCCCCCUGAGCAGCCCUGGGGCACUUGGCUGCUGACCAGCGGCCGACCUACAUUCUUUAGGGAGUCUAUACGUAGUCGUAAAGCUCCCUCUAUUAAAAUGUCUGAAGCUAAA